AUGGCCUCCACUCCGAGUUCGAGCAGGAAAAAUGGAUCUCCUGAUGGAGACCCUCAAGCCAACCAUGACCCAAACCCCCCAACCGUAGCCGCGUUCUCGCCGGUGACACUCUCCCAGGCCCCCUCAGCGAACAAGCAACGAUCCACCAUCCUCGUGCAUCAGAAAUCUCCCCUCCUUAUUGCGACCCCUCCUCAAAUCACACGAGCGUUGGCAUAUUCGCAUCCGUUCCUUCUCCCGCUCAAUAAGCUGGUUGGACUCUUAACAUGGACGACCGAAGACCCAUGGGAGAGCUUCUUGCUCCUCGCCGGCUUCUGGGCGGUGGUCUUAUACGGGGAUAUAGUUAUGCGGUUGGCAGGCCCGGUGGUGGUUGUAAUGGGAUUGAUACUGGGCAUGUAUUCAAGACGAUAUUCCCCCUUGUCAUCGACAGGUUGGACGAGAGAGAAGCAGAAGAAAGGUCACAAAAAAGCGGAUUCGGAGGCCACGAAUACGAAACAUCAGAAAACCCUUGACGAGAUUGUUCAGACGUUGAAGAUAUUUACAUCGAGAUGCAAUGUGCUCCUCGAUCCUAUGCUCGAGCUCACCGAUUUCCUUUCUACUCAAAGAACUGCCACGUCCGCCACAACGAGGCCGGCUCUCACGACUCUUCUACUGCGGAUACUAUUAGUGACCCCGCUGUGGAUCGUUUUGACUCUCCGACCGAUCCAAAUUAUUACAACGAAGAGGAUCGUGCUAGUUGUAGGAACACUAUUUUUGACCUGGCAUUCAAGACCUACCCGGGUAUCAAGAACCAUAUUGUGGAGAUCGGCCCUCAUACGCAGAUUGUGUUCGGUCGUGACGGGUCUCCAUUUCGCAGGUACCCCUGUUCCUGUAGUUACUGGAGAAAAGACUCGAACACCUUCCAGAACGCCGUCAGCGUGUCAAGAAGGUGCACAGCUGGCUGCUUCUGCAGCCGCUAAAAGACGGCCUGAUGCACCAGGAGUUAAAUUUACAUUUAUAAUCUAUGAGAAUCAACGAAGAUGGCUUGGUCUUGGGUGGACGACGACGCUAUUUUCGUAUGAGAGAGCGGCAUGGACGGAUGAACAUCUCAACUCCGCGCCCACCAAGGACGGAUUUGAACUUCCAGAUGUUGAGGAGGGCACAGCAAGGUGGAGAUGGGUAGAGGGGAGCAAAUGGCUCGUGGAAGGAGCUGGUGAGUAUGAUGAAGGGGGUACCAAAGCAGAUAAUAAUACCGAUAAUGGUGGACAUGGAUGGGUCUAUUAUGAUAAUAAGUGGCAAAACGGUCGACGGGGCCAAGACGGCUGGGGAAGGUAUACCCGCAGGAGGAAAUGGUAUCGCGACGCCGAACUCGUUGAGGUCUCUUCCAGCACCGAAAUCACGCCCUCCCCAACGCCAACCCGCACCACCAGCAUCGAAGCUGUAGCGCGCACCCCUGUGGCUACUACUACGCAGUACGAGCCACCCCCCGAAUAUGCUGAGAAAGCCAGCCUUAAUAGUAGUAGCGACAAGGCUAGCGUAAGACAGGAAAGUAUACGAAAACGCGCCGGGAGCCGUGCUAGCACUUUGAGCUACGCCAGUGAGGAUGAUAGGCCUCCUCGCCCUAAUGAAGCGGAUUGGGGGAUUGGUGAUGAUGCUAAAAUGGGAUUGGAGUGA